AUGCGAUCACCUGUUAUAGAAAAUGUUCGUCUCUUUCUCAAAGGUGCCCUAAACCUUGCCUACCGGACCUGUUCGCGCAAGGAAAGUGAGUCUGCACAUGCCUUAGAAGGUAGGAGGAUGAGAAAGCUGAGGUGCCUCAGCCGGCACUUUGGCAGAGACAUGCAGGCAAAGAGCCUCACCGACCUGGCUGCUGCUAUGCCUCACAACGCGGGGCGAGGGGAGCUGCCCCCCCCAACCACACAACCCACGGCGGUUGCCCCCUCACAAGACAGAGCAAGCGGUUCCAACGCCUGCCGCGAGGAGAUUCCUCCGCGCCAGCCCUCCUGCCUCGUUUCCCCACAGGAUUUUUUGUUGCAGCAGACAAUGUUAAGAGUAAAGGAUCCGAAGAAGUCACUGGAUUUUUAUACAAGAGUUCUUGGAAUGACACUGCUUCAAAAAUUUGACUUUCCUACUAUGAAGUUCUCGCUCUAUUUCCUGGCGUACGAAGAUAAAAAUGAUAUCCCGAAAGAUAAAACUGAGAGAACAGCUUGGACCUUCUCUAGAAAAGCUACGCUUGAACUGACGCACAACUGGGGCACUGAAAAUGAUGAAAAUCAGUCUUAUCACAAUGGCAAUUCAGAUCCCCGAGGAUUUGGACACAUUGGAAUUGCUGUCCCUGAUGUCCAUAAAGCUUGCAAGAGGUUUGAAGAACUAGGAGUGAAAUUUGUGAAGAAACCAGAUGAUGGUAAAAUGAAAGGACUUGCAUUUGUUCAGGAUCCUGAUGGCUACUGGAUUGAAAUUUUGAAUCCUAACCACAUGGUGACUCUCACUUAGUUCUAAUGAAGUACAUUAUAUAGGAGAUGCACACUUUCAGUCCCCUGGAGAAAAUCUGUAACAGUGUUUGUGAAAUUCUUCCUUAACGGAGAGGAAUCAGUCGUGUUCCAAGUCUCCUCUAAAAUUAUCCCCUGGGACCUCAAUGUACUUGAAUUCCUUUUUGUUGUCCUGUGAUGCCACUGCAAUUUGCUUCCAAUUAGGAAUACUCAACCAUAUUUUGGAAGAGCGCUUACACAGGUUUUCCUCUUGAACACUGAUUAUGUUAAUAUUUCAGUAAACUCUCUAAAGAUAUGUGACUAGAAAUUCACUGCAUCUCACACUGUUUAGAUUUAAGCUAACAACAACAAAAAAAUCCUGUGUUACUACCAAUGAUUUUCAACUAGGAUGAAAAAAACCUCAAAACUCAAUAUUUUUUUUUCUGAAGUCAAAAGAUCCAGAAGGCUUCAUGCCCUAUCUUGUAUACUAGAAGAUGCAAUGUCAGCCUAACUCUGACUUGAGUAGUAGCAUGUUUAUGAAAGUCCUAAUCUUACUUAUAUUAUGCCAAGCGAAACUCUUUAAGGAGCAGCCUUAAACAGCCUUGCCUGGAACAAGAAACUUUGUGGAGGCAAUAAAUCAGUCCAGCAGAAAGAAUUCAGUCUUUCAGCUUCUGGCUGCUGAUUGACAGCCAAGAGAAGAGGUCUCAUAGUUGCUAACUCACAGUGAUCCUUCAUGUCUCCUCCAACACUAGAGAGAACUUGCUCAUAAUUUUUGUUUCAAUGAAAGUCUGCGGCUAUAUUUAACUUAAAUGCUCUGUAUGUUCUGCAUUAGGAAUUUAAUGAAAAAGAGUAUCUGAAACAACCGUUUCCUACUAGCAGACAUUUUGAUCUGCCCUCUCAAAAUGAGUGACGGUUACUGCAAUGAUACCUGUAAAUAGCAGGAAAAUAUGUAACAUUUACAUAUGUUACACCAAUUAUUUGAUUUUACGUGGUUCCACCUGUUAUGAACAGUGCAAAACAUGUCAAGUUUUGAAAUCCCAUUGUUCCUUCCAACAAGGAAAAAACCCUCUGCCCUCUCUUACUGUGGUUCAAGCAGCACUUAACUCUAAGUCUUCAGUUAUGUGACUCUUGAAUAGUGUAAUGGCAUCGCAGUUCACUUCCAAAUAAAGCAUUGGUGCAAACUACAAAAUGGUUUUAAAGCAGUAUGACCUGUUGCUUUGCUAAUUGUUGAAUCCUAAGAUAACCGAAAGGCUGUUUGUUUUGGUUCGUGGAUUCUUUUUUGAGAAGAAAUCUGGUGCUGAAAGAUAGAAUAUGAAUUGGGAGUACAGUAUUGAAGAAGAGAACUGUGUGACUUGAUUAGUAGGGUGUUUUAGUAACUUAAUGUGCAGAGUUAAUAAUACUGUCAAUAACUCCCUGGCUUAUAAGUUAAAACAAAUGUAGGAAGUAUUGCAUUUGAUUUCUGCUAUGCUAAUGUAGAUGUUAAUGACUUAAAUGCUAAGUGUUACUGUCCUAUCUCUUUAUCUGAAAAAUCCUGAAUUCUGUCUGCCUCAUCUUAACAAGACAGCUUAUAUAAACUCAGUAAUUUUACGGAGUUUCACAUGAAAAAUCAUUCAUAAA